AUGAAGUCAGCUCUGCUCUACCUCCUCGCACCUCUUCUGGCUCUUGCUGCCCCGGCGGCGGAGCUCGAGGACCGUCAAGCUGCCACCAGCAUCGACGCGCUCUUCAAGGCCAAGGGGAAGCUUUACUAUGGCGUCGCCACGGACCAGAACCGCCUGUCGACUGGGAAAUCGGCUGCUGUGAUCCAGCAGAACUUCGGCCAGGUUACGCCUGAGAACAGCAUGAAGUGGGAUGCGACUGAGUCCUCCAACGGGAACUUCAACUUCGCUACGGCCGACUAUCUUGUGAACUGGGCUGCCCAGAACAACAAGACCAUCCGUGGCCACACUCUGUGCUGGCACUCGCAGCUGCCAAGUUGGGUCAGUAACAUUCGUGACAAGGCACAACUGACCUCUGUCCUGGAGAGGCACGUCACGACUGUCAUGACGAGGUACAAGGGGAAGAUCAGGGCUUGGGACGUGUGCAACGAGAUCUUCAACGAAGAUGGCUCCCUUCGCUCGUCUGUCUUCUCCCAGGUCCUGGGCGAGGAAUUCGUCUCGAUCGCUUUCAAGGCUGCGCGUGCGGCUGACCCAAGCGCCGUCCUCUACCUGAAUGACUACAACCUCGAUUCUGCGAACUAUGCCAAGGUCACCAAUGGAAUGGUCAAGAACGUCAAGAAGUGGCUUGCGGCUGGCAUCCCUAUUGACGGAAUUGGCUCCCAGGGACAUCUAUCAGGUGGCGGUGGCGCCGCAUUUGGCGGCGCUCUGAAGGCACUCGCUGCUACAGGUGUCAAGGAGGUCGCCGUCACAGAGCUUGACAUCCAGGGCGCGCCUGCGAAUGACUACAAGCAGGUCACCCAAGCAUGCCUUGAUGUAUCCACAUGCGUGGGUAUUACCGUCUGGGGAGUCCGUGAUGCAGACUCCUGGAGAGCUUCUACCAACCCCUUGUUGUUUGACAACAACUUUGGUCCAAAGGCUGCUUAUAAUGCUAUCGCCGAUAUGCUGAAAUAG